UUACCGGUAUUGUCUGUUCGUAGAACCUUCAAGAAACCAUCUUUGAUGCAAAUCUUGUCUUUCAUCUUCGAAUUGUUACUCUAAUGGCUACACCGUUUAUAGCUGGGCUUGCAGUAGCGGCUGCAGCCAUGGCUGGUAAAUACGGAAUUCAGGCCUGGCAUUCUUUCAAAACAAGACCCCCGAGACCUAGAUCACGCAGAUUCUAUGAUGGUGGCUUCCAACAAACAAUGACGAGAAGAGAAGCGGCUCUAAUCCUUGGUGUUAGAGAAAGCGCGGCAGCAGACAAGGUGAGGGAAGCACAUAGAAGGGUGAUGGUUGCAAACCAUCCAGAUGCAGGAGGCAGCCAUUACUUGGCUUCAAAAAUCAAUGAAGCCAAAGAUGUGAUGCUUGGAAAGACCAAGAACAGCGGAUCCGCCUUCUGAUCAGGUGGGACCCACCGAAGUGUUUCGGGCUAUUUUGCAGCAAGAUAUGGUAAUCUACAAAAACCUUGGUCAGUGUUGUUGAUUACAGGAAAAAACUGUAUCCAUUGUUAUUUCUUUGGAUUGUGUUGUUUGAAUGGUUAGGAAAUGGACUAGGACAAUGAGUAUCUGUCAUGGUCUAAAGAGUUGUUGACCAUUUUGUCUGAUAUAAUGAUAUAACAAUUUGACUUUGACUUCUAUGGUCAAACAAAUUUCGGCUUUUUU